GUCCGUGUCCUCCAGCCGUGGGUCCCAGGUGACCCUGGUGUGCCCGGGAUUGAGAUCCACUGCCCAAGGGGUGCAGCCUCCAACCCAGGAGCCCCCACCUCCGGAGACACAGGACAGGCCGUUGGAGCUCUGGGCCUGGGGGGCGGCACAGUGGGCUCAGUCUUGACUGCAGACAGCGCCCGGGCCUUCUGUGUCCACGGUCUGCAGCCAAGACUCAGGCCAGUAAGGCUGUUCUUUCCCAUUAAGGGAACACACUGGUGCGGGGACAGAAGUACUGAAGGAACUAGGACCUCACCUCAGGCCCAGAAGGUGACGGUGAGGGACAGUCACCUGAGGGAACGGGACUGCACUCCUUACUGUGACGUGAUGGACAGAAAUGCAAACCGUCGAUUGUGGCAAAUACAGAAGAGCACAAAGGGGAAACUAAGUCUGGAAGCCCCCUGCCCCCACUGUUUAGGGCCCCCACUUUUGUCCCCUUAAAUUUUAGCAGCUGCAUGGGGCACAUUCUCAGUUUAAUUUUCAAAAUUCUAGUAACACCAGGGGAACGUCCUGAGUGGGGUUUCAGCAGUGGGGGUGACGGUUCCACGGUGUGUGGAAGGGGGUUCAGGAGGAGAAGGUCCUUGGGGCGCCCUUACUCAGAAGCACUUUUUCUGCAUACUGUCCCAGUGUGUAGGUGAGCUUCUAACAGCAGGUUUCUAGAACAUGUCAGAGCAGCGUGGACACACCCAGCUCCCCGGGCCCUUUGCUCCUUCAGGGGAGUGGCCUGCCAGCGAAGGGGCCAAGGACAAAGGCGCUCUUUAUUCAAGGCAGGCCAGGGGGUAAGGAGGCACCUUAGCUUAAGAUAUUUACAGAGGUGAUCUUUAAUCCCUGAGGAUUCCUGGGAAAGGUGCCAGGAGACAGAAGUAACCAGGCCGUCAAGAGAAAAAUGUAGCCCUGACUGGUGUGGCUCAGUGGGUAGGACAUCGUGCCCACAACCCUAAAGGCCUCCGGUUCAGUUCCUGGUCAGGGCACAUGCCUGGGUUGUAGGCCGGGUCCCCAGCUGGGGGUGUGCAACAGGAAAUUGAUGGAUGUUUCUUUCCGUCUCUCCCUCCCCUCCCCUCUCUCUGAAAAUAAAUUAAAACCUUUUUUUGAAAAAAAAGGUGAACCCCAGGAACUUCAGGUAACUGAACUGGACCCCGGCCCCUCAGGCCCCUGCAGCAGCCUGUUGAGCUCACGGAGGUUAAGCAUUUGGGGGAGACAACGUGCUGUUCUCUAGGGCCCAGCGACAGACGUGGCCCUUCCCCGAGUUCUGCUGAGGCCCUGGGCUCCCCGAGGGGUCCCCUGCCCUACGUGCCAGCAGCACAGGGGGUGGGAGCGGAGUUGGACUCGAGUCUCAGAUUUCCCCUCAGCACCCCCCAGACACUUAAUUCCUUCAUGAAAAGCAGGACAGCACCGUGAACACUCAGGCCACACAUGCUCCUCUGAGCCUCGGUGCCCCCAUCUGUACAAUGGGAGUCCCGGGGCCCGCACAGCGCCUGGCACACGUGAGCCCUCGAGAGCCAUCAGCACAGAGGUUACUCUCCGGACGCCUGGAGGCGGCACCGCUCCUGCCGGCACCACAGGCCACCUCCCACAACUCCGUCCGGUGUGGACUCGGGGGCAUGCGCAGCUCGGCCUCCUCCGUUUACCCGUGGCCCAGGGCCCAGAACGGCCGUGGACUGCAGCUCCUCCCCUUGUCCUGCGCUGGCCCUGCUCCUCCCCCUGCCUGAGGAGGACAAACUCUGAUUGCAAGCAAAUUCCUGGUCCAGUUCUGGGCAGAAAUGGCUGCAAGUGGCCGAGGCCUCAGCAGGGCCCCGAGAGCCUCUUUCUGCGUGGCUGGGAGGCAAGCUCACUGGGAAGCCAAGGCCUGCCUGAGGCCCGAGUACGACGCGGUGGUGAUAGGAGCAGGUCACAACGGGCUGGUGGCGGCGGCCUACCUGCAGAGACUGGGGGUGAAGACGGCCGUCUUUGAGAGGCGCCAUGUGAUCGGGGGCGCGGCUGUCACGGAGGAGAUCGUGCCAGGGUUCAAGUUCUCUCGAGCAUCCUACCUGCUCAGCCUGCUGAGGCCACGAAUUUACACUGACCUGGAGCUGAAGAAACAUGGGCUGAAGCUGCACCUUCGGGACCCCUACUCCUUCACCCCCCUGCUGGAAGAAGGCGCAGGGGGCAAGUUGCCCAGGUCCCUACUUCUGGGCAACGACAUGGCGGAAAACCAGAAGCAGAUCGCCCGGUUCUCACAGAAGGAUGCACAGGCUUUUCCCCAGUAUGAGGACUUCAUCAAUCGCUUGGCAUUAGCCAUUGACCCUCUGCUGGACGCAGCCCCUGUGGACAUGGAGGCCUUCUGGCAGGGCUCCCUGCUGCAGAGGCUCAAGUCACUGACCACCCUCACACCCCUGCUGCAGGCAGGCCAAGGAGCAGGUGAUAUUGCAGAUCAGAGCGCGUCCUUCUUGCCUGUCUCAGUUUGGUUUCAUGGGUUUCCUCUUCCAGGCCGCAUCCUGGGAGCCCGGCUGCCCCAGUACUACCAGGUGCUCACAGCUCCAAUGACCAAGGUGCUGAACCAGUGGUUUGAGUCCGAGCCUCUGAAAGCCAGUCUAGCAACAAACGCUGUCAUCGGGGCCAUGACAAGUCCCCACACUCCGGGGAGUGGGUAUGUGCUGCUGCAUCACAUGAUGGGGGGCCUGGAGGGGAUGCAGGGGGCCUGGGGCUACGUCCAGGGUGGCAUGGGUGCCCUCUCUGAUGCCAUUGCCAGCUCGGCCGCUGCACAUGGAGCAAGUAUCUUCACCGAAAAGCCGGUGGCGAAGGUGCAGGUGAGCAGUGGAGGAGGCAUUCAAGGAGUUGUACUGCAAGACGGCUCAGAGGUGAGGAGCAAGGUGGUGCUGUCCAGUGCUUCGCCGCAGAUCACCUUCCUGCAGCUGACACCACAGGAGUGGCUUCCUAAAGAGUUCGUGGAGAGAAUCUCUCAGCUGGACACCCAGUCACCUGUUACCAAGAUCAACGUGGCUGUCAACAGGCUGCCUGACUUCCUGGCAGCCCCCAGUGCUCCCGGGGGCCAGCCGCUGCCCCAUCACCAGUGCUCCAUCCACCUGAACUGUGAAAACACCCACCUGCUCCAUCAGGCCUUUGAGGAUGCAGUGGAUGGCCGGCCCUCCCACAGGCCGAUGAUUGAGCUCUGCAUACCGUCCUCGCUGGACCCCACCCUGGCUCCCCCCAGCUGCCACGUCCUCUCCCUCUUCACUCAGUACACGCCCUACACCCUGGCUGGAGGCAAAGUCUGGGACGAGCAGGAGAGAAAUGCUUAUGCAGACAAAGUGUUCGACUGUGUCGAGGCCUACGCCCCUGGCUUCAAGGGCUCCGUGGUGGGCAGAGACGUCCUCACGCCACCUGAUCUGGAGAGAAUCUUUGGGCUUCCUGGAGGGAACAUAUUCCACGGCGCCAUGACGCUGGACCAGCUCUACUUCGCCCGCCCCCUGCCCCUGCAUGCCAACUACCGCUGCCCUCUCCGCGGCCUGUACCUCUGCGGAAGCGGGGCCCAUCCUGGAGGAGGUGUCAUGGGAGCUGCUGGACGCAAUGCAGCCCAUGUCGUCUUUGGGGACCUCAAGAGCAUGUGACCCUGAGUCAGGAAGAAGAAUCCACCCUGGAGCUUUUAAGUCCGCAUUGGGUCCUCUUCCCAGGCUGUGGCCUGAGGGAGACUAGUCCUCAAGGCUAAAGCGACUAUUUUAGAAAAAACAUUCAAGUUGCAUUUGGUACUGAUUAACCUUGUAGCCAUGCCUUCAUGAAUGAAUUACUUUCGUUUUUAUUAAAAAUAAUGUUUUAGACCUGGCUGGUAUGGCUCAGUGGACUGAGUGCCAGCCUGUGAACCAAAGGGUCCCCCGGUUAGAUUCCCAGUCAGGGCACAGGCCUGGGUUAUGGGCCAGGUCCCCAGUAGGGGGCGCCUGAAAGGCAACCACACAUUGAUGUUUCUCCCUUUCUCUCACCCCCCCUCUAAAAAUAAAUAAUCUUUUUAAAAAUUUUAAACUAAAAAAUAAAAAUAUUUUAUAG